AAUAUUCAAAGCUCGUACAAAAACGCAAAUUAAAAGCCAAGUUGCCAACUUACUACCACAGCACCAGCAAAAGCUGUGAUUUUAAAAGGGGGAAAGCCUUAAGUAAUAGAAGGGCUGGCUAUGUAGCAUGUGCUUGAAAUGUAUUCUAACAAAAUUGAUUAAAUCAUUAAACGAGGGACUGACGUGCGGUAGGGGGAUGGUUAACAUACCAUCCUCUCGGGGUAUUUCCAGAUGAGGUGACCCACCUCAGAGCUGGAGUUCCCUAAUGGCUGUUAUGCAGUGUCAUUGUGCCAGCCAGGAGGGGAGGGCCACCAUUCUGUCACCCUCUUUUCCAGCUGCUGCUGCACGAAGCCGUCUUGGUGUGUGCCUUCGUGUGCGUUUCGUUUCAGCGCAGAGCCCGUCUGUGUGCCUGCCUCCCCCCAGCCAGCUGAUCAUCCUUCAUCAUGUGGAAAACAGGAGAAGUGCCCUUUUGCCCUUUAUUUAAUGCAGGAAUAGGUUAUGGGAUUUCGUUCAUCUCCUGAGAAGGAAACUGCAUGCCCAAAGCAGCUGUUGGGCUGACCUCCCUUCCCUGCAUGUGUGGCCCCACUUGCAUGCUGGUGGGGAAAGGGAGAUGUGAGCACGCUGCAGGAAGCUGGACUCCAGGGACACAGCUGCACGUGACCCACCACGUCCGCCUCCACCGGGAAGGAGCCCACAGUCCUGCUCAGCAGAUGAAGACAAACCCUUCUUGGUUGCUGCAGCUGCAUCAGCUCUCAGCCACCAGGUUUGUUUUAAUGUGGAAGUGGAUCUCACAGCUUCAUGUAAAUCAAACAAAGGAAAAAAGGAUGUCAAGAGUGAUUAUCCUUAAUUUCGAUGAAGGACCAUUGCAGGGAGCCAUGGAUAUUACUUGUGAGUUGUAACAUCUUAAUUCAGAGAGUCUAGUGUAAAUAUACUUAAUGGACAGACCAGCAAUAUGGAUGAUUUAGAGAUAAAUACUGAAGUCACUGGUGCUAAAGAAGAAGAAGAAAUCCUCUGUGAUGAUAAUUUCAUAUCUGAGGAAGAAGGUGGCAUUCUUAAACCACAAGAGAGCGACACGUCAUUUCAGAACAAUACAUUGACUCUGCCUGAGGAGCUGUCAAGGGACGGAUCUGAAAAAGCCUUAAGUGGAGGCCAGGCUUCUCUAUUUAUACACACUGGUGCUCCUACUGUUUCUAACGAAAACUUUAUCUUGUCUAGAGGAACUGCUGUUAAUGGACCAGUUUCACACUCCACCUCAGCUAAGACUUCCAUUAUGAAUAAAGGCAGUGUUUCAUUAACCACUGGACAGUCUGUAGGUCAUCACACAGAUUCCUGCUCAACUUUGACAGUGGUUCAUGAUCUUCAGCUGCCUGCAAAGAGUACAACACAGAAAUCAAAUCAGCACCAAGUUUUAUUUUUGUUACCUGAUGUAGCACAUGCUAAGAACCUGACUCAUUCCAUUAAAAAUCUACCUACCUCUGCUUCAAUUGGUUGUGAUUCACAGAAAUCAGUAGGAAAUAGUGUAGAUAGCACUUUAAUAGGCCAAGUAGAAGUUUGUGAGGAUGAUAAAAAUUUACUAGUAAAAGAUGAUUGUGUCGAUACAUUAACAGGCAUUUCCUCAGGUACAGGUGGUUUCAGAUCGGGGUGUGAUCCCAGCUGGGAUCCACAAAAAGAGUUUAUCCAGUUUCUGAUGACAAAUGAAGACACAAUAGAGAAGUCUCCCAUUCACUGUAAAGUAGGCUUAGAAAAAAAACGGAAAAGGAAAAUGGAUGUUAGUAAAAUAACACGCUAUACUGAGGACUGUUUUGGUGAUACCAGUUGUAUUCCUAGUAAAUCAAAACUGUUAAAUGUUGACUUUUUAGAGCAGAAUGAGGAGCUGCAAAUGGUAGAACCACAAAAAUACUCAUUGAGUAAAGUAAAGCCUGAAUCCCCAGAUGAAGAGCUGGAAGCUGUUGAUGCUAUCCAGCAGCUCAUUUACAGUCCUGCUAGUAACUGUGCAGAAGAUACUUCUCCUGUUCACACUAGCACUUUUCUUACCAAUACUUUACAAAAUAAAUGUGAACAGGAUGAAUCUGAAUCACCAUCCACUUUCAGUACUGAUGAACCAUCCUUUUAUCCCUGUACAAAGUGCAAUGUGAAUUUUAGGGAGAAGAAGCAUCUGCAUAGGCAUAUGAUGUACCAUUUAGAUGGGAACAGUCAUUUCCGUCAUCUCAAUGUCCCCAGGCCCUAUGCGUGUAGGGAAUGUGGAAGGACAUUUCGAGAUCGCAAUUCACUUCUUAAACAUAUGAUAAUUCACCAGGAAAGAAGGCAGAAACUGAUGGAAGAAAUCCGUGAGCUGAAAGAACUUCAGGAUGAGGGUAGGAGCGCACGGUUACAGUGCCCACAGUGUGUAUUUGGUACCAAUUGUCCCAAAACAUUUGUGCAGCAUGCAAAGACCCAUGAAAAAGAUAAAAGAUACUAUUGCUGUGAGGAAUGCAAUUUCAUGGCUGUGACAGAAAAUGAACUGGAAUGCCAUCGAGGGAUUGCUCAUGGAGCAGUAGUCAAAUGUUCUAUUAUCGGUAGCGACAUGUCCCAGAGGAAAACGCAGAAAAAGGCGUCCUUGAAAGAUCCCUAUUUAGGAUCCUCAAAAAAGUCAUCAACGUAUAUGUGUAAGAUGUGUCCUUUUUCUACAUCAACUAGAAGCAUUUUAAAAAAACACAUGGAAUAUUUGCACCCAGCGUCAUGCAUUGAUCCCUUUGGUAGCCAUCUUAGACUAGACAAAAGAAAAGGCAGCAUCAUAGAAGAAUCUUUAGAUUUCGGUAGCAGGACAAAACAGUUGAUCAAACAAUCUUCUACUUUUCCAAAGAACUCUGUUUUAAAACAGGAUGUAAAAAGAUCAUUUGGCUCUACUUCACAGUCCAGUAACUUCGCAAAACUUCACAAGAGGCCCUACAGGAUACAGAAGGCUCGGAAAAGCGUUUCACAGACAUCUGUAAGUGUGUGCAAUCUAAAUUCCACAAACAAGACCUUUUUGAUUAGAAAUAGCAUUGACCAGAAACCUAAGUAUUUUCAUCAAGCAGCAAAGCAGAAAGCUAGUGUCAAAGCACGUGGUAAUAAUUUGUAUAGGCACAAAUAUGAAAACUACAGGAUGAUAAAAAAAUCUAGUGGCUCUUAUCCUUUGCAUUUAAAAAAGGAAGAGUCCAACUCUGUCAGUUCUUUACAUUUAUUUUCCUCAUCAAGUAGUCCCCGUAAUAAUUGUUUUUACAUGGAUUCAGAUAAUCUUGAUUGCAAAAGGGCAGAAGGCUGUAAAGCUCGUAGGCGUGUAGCUGUAAAGAGAGUGGUUAAAGAAUCCAAGAGGGAAGGCUCUGUUAAAGGAGAUGAUUUGGAUUGCUAUCCAGAUUUUCUGCAUAAAAUGACUGUUGUUGUUUUACAGAAACUUAACUCUGAUGAAAAAAAAGACAGCUAUGAAACGGAGGAUGAAAGUUCAUGGGAUAAUGUUGAACUAUGUGAUUACACUACACAGUCUGUGGAGGAUGAAUCUUACAGUGAUAUUAAUCAGGAGCAUGUAAACCUAUUCCCCAUAUUCAAAGGUAAAAUGGAAGAUCAUGAAGCUGGUGAUAAAUCUUCACUUAGUUAUGAGCAGAAUGAUGGCUUUUAUUUUGAGUAUUAUGAAGAUGCUGACGGUAGUAACUUCCUGCAUGAUUUGCAUGAUCCUCAGAAUUUAGAAAAUGUAGGAUCAGCGUUGCCAAAGCAUAAUUCAGUUUUCCAUUGGACUGAUUUGUCGCUUGAAAAGAAGUCCUGCCCAUACUGUCCAGCAACCUUUGAAACAGGUGUUGGAUUGUCUAAUCAUGUCAGAGGACAUCUUCACAGAGCUGGACUAAGCUAUGAAGCCCGUCAUGUUGUUUCACCAGAACAGAUAGCCACAAGUGACAAAAUGCAGCAUUUUAAAAGAACUGGAACAGGAACUCCUGUUAAACGUGUUAGAAAAGCGAUUGAGAAGUCUGAAACUUCCUCUGAGCAUACGUGUCAGCUCUGUGGAGGCUGGUUCGAUACUAAAAUUGGAUUGUCUAAUCAUGUGCGAGGACACCUGAAGAGGCUUGGCAAAACCAAGUGGGACGCACACAAGUCUCCAAUCUGUGUUCUGAAUGAGAUGAUGCAGAAUGAAGAGAAGUAUGAAAAAAUCCUAAAGGCUUUGAACAGUCGCCGCAUUAUUCCCAGACCGUUUGUUGCUCAGAAAUUUGCAUCAAAUGAUGACUUUUUAUCUCAGAAUGUUAUACCUCUUGAAGCAUACCAUAAUGGCCUAAAGACUGAAGAUACAUCUGUGUCUGCAUCAGAGGAAGAAGGGCUGAGUUUCCUAAAUGAAUGUGAUGAAACAAAAGCAGUACUACAUAAUGAAAAAAAAAAUCAGUCACUUACACUGAUAGAACUCCUGAAAAAUAAGAGGUUAGGAGAAGAGAGGAAUCCUGAUAUUUCUCCUCAAAAGAUUCAUAAUCAAACUGCAAGAAAGAGGUUUGUUCAGAAAUGUGUUCUUCCAUUAAAUGAAGACAGUCCAUUGAUGUAUCAGCCACAAAAAAUGGACUUGACUAUGCAGUCAGGUAUGCCUGUGAAGCUUAGAACGUGUGUGCAUUGCAAUACGACGUUUACAAGUGCUGUUAGCCUGUCCAACCACUUACGCGCUUAUGCACGAAAGAAGAGUGCUGGACUUUUGACUGGGACAGCUUUAGACUGUAAGCAAAAGAAGUCAAGAUCAAGAUCUGGAAGCAAGAAAAAAAUGCUGCCAUUACCUCAUAGUGCUGAUGAAGUUUACAUACUCAGAUGCAGGUUUUGUGGUCUGGUCUUUCGAGGACCUUUGUCUGUUCAAGAAGACUGGAUAAAGCACUUGCAGCGACACAUUGUCAACGCAAAUCUUCCACGGACUGGAGCUGGCAUGGUUGAAGUCACAUCACUACUUAAAAAGCCUGCUUCAAUUACUGAAACUUCGUUUUCUUUACUGAUGGCAGAAGCAGCAUCAUAGAACAAGGAAACAUUUUAAAUUUUAAUUGGAUGUAAAUUUGAAAUACUUUGUCUUUUUUUAAAUAAAUUGCUACACUAAAUUAUGUUUAUAAAUGCUAAAGACAGAAAAAUAGAGGAAGUGGAUUACAGUAACAUCAAAAGAAAUUGAAUACUUAACAGUUACAGUAAGUAGUCUUUAUAUUUUAUAUAGGGUGGAAGAUGUGUUUUUAAGGUUUAUUAUGUUUUUGUCAGUUACUGUGUUCACUAUCAAUACAAGACCAUUACAUGUACGACAGCCAUUUUUAAAUUGUUGCACAUGGGUACUUAAAAGACAGAUUUUAAUAAAACAAAGAAUCCAUGUUCUCUUCAGUGUUACCCAAAUCAAGGCUCUGUUUAUUCCAAAAAAGAAUUACAUAGUAAAAUAAGAUAUUAUUAUAUUUUGUUUGUAUGUAUGUAGUGUUUUGUAUAAUACCAAGAACUGCUAAUACAAUUUACUCAACUUAGGGCAUUAAAUAUCAUGUACUUCAUAGUUCAAGAGACUGUUUCAUUCAAAUAGGGCAAUUAGUACUAUUCUAUCUAGGUGUGUAAGUGUUUUUUUUAAAUCACAUGAGGCUUUUUGUACUAAAAAAGUGGAGGGAAACUUGUUUAAACAAAUUUCUAAGAGAAAUAUGUACAUAAUACUGGAAAUUUGUGGUAAGGAAAUAUUCUUUACUUCAGUUGCAUUUCUCACUGACAAUAAAGUGGUGCAUCCAUGCUACCUCCUACUUGUCAACAAAGAUGGUAUUUACCCUUGUUUUUGUAACAUAGUAGAUUCAAUCCAACUUUCUUUAUUACAACGCAUUUUUUUGUUAACAAGUUUGUUUCUUUAUGAUGAUUUACUUAAAGUCUGACUUGCUUACAGAAGUUUGCCUCUCUACUAUUUUAUUUAACACUGUAGAAAUGUACUAAUAAGCAUUGCUCACUACACGGUUAGAGUAGACUUUUCAUUUAUAAUUCUGUUUAAAAGAUUGAUCAUUUUAGAGAAUUCGAACACAGGUUGAAAUGUUUCUACAUAUGAAGAGAAUGUUUACAACUUAAAAUUUAGAGCUUGUUUUGGAUGUGAUUAUAUGUAUGAAAACUGUAACACUAUGCUCAUGCUAAGGACCUACUUACAGAAUUACUGAAAUAAAUGUGCUGUGAGGAUGGAAAUAUGGUGCAGGUGUCUUGGUCAUGAUAAAUUGUGUUUGUUCAUUUAAACUGUCUUCAGAACAUGAUUUUUGUUCAAAUUAGAUUCCUCUACAAAUCAAUUUUGUAUGCGAGUAACAUUUCAUUUUACUCAUAUAGGGUAACAGAUACUGUAGUUAAGCCAAGGAUAUGCAUUGAUAUUUUCUUUAUAUGUAAAUAAAGCUAAAAGCAGUUAAGAGGAGUAUUUUGGUAGAGUAUAUACAUACCUCACUGCCAGUGAAAUUGCUUUCCUAUGGUAUAUCUCCUUACCAGAAAAAUCUCUAAAUAAAAAGGUUUAAAGAAAAUCUAAAUGUCUAUAAUGUGAAGCAUUUAUUUGCAUUGUGUGAAUUAAGUUUGUGAAAUUGAUUUGUCUUGCUUGAGAUUAGAAUCUUCUCAUGAUCUUAAGUGAAAGUACAUUUACUUGCAAUAAACUGACUUGUUCACAGACGCAUUACAUUGGAUUGGUGGAAAAUGUGAAGGGAAAUGUCUGUCUUCCUGUAUGUGCACAGCUCAGAGUUAACAGACAAGGCUUGUGAAUGUUCUGGUGAAAUAGAUGGGCUGAAACUGCUCAGCUGUGCAGAACAGGGUCUUGAGACAAAGCCAUCCGAGCUCUGUCAAGGCUUUCAUUAAAUCAGUGCUGUCAGAUGUUUUACUGUACAAGUUGCUACAGAUAAUUUUAGCUUUAUUGUCAAAAUUUAUUCCCUUUUUUUUUUUUUAGCUCGAAGAUCUGGAUCAGUACUGGAGAAAAAAAUAGAGAUUUUAGGAAAGGUAACUGGGAUGUUGAAGUGUGUUGCAGACAAAUUAUGCGUAUGCAGACUAACACAAGUUUAAAAUCAGUGGGUGAUUGUGGGGUUGUUUUAUAAACAGUGAAAAUGGAAGUUUGACAGCAGUGUGUGAAAACGGGAUAGAAGGAAGUGAUCAAAUCACCUUGAAUGUUUAUAAUGCUUUAAUAGAGUGCUUGUUUACCUUCUCACCAAAAAAGGUGCUUGUGAGAGCGCCAUAUUUUGUGGCUAUUUAACAGAUAAAUCAAUUAAGUGCAAAUGAUAUUUAUCUAGUAUUGUUAAGAAUGCUUGUAAGGUAAAGCCAUACUGUGCGGAAUUUCGCAUUAGCAAAGAUCUCCAUUAGGUUCAUAACGAUAAAAACCCUAGUUAAUUCUGAAUUACUUAAUUCAUUAAAUCCCAAUAGUGAGCUGUUUUGUGUAACACUAAAAUGCAAGGUUGUGUCUGAAGAACAGGGAGCUUUAGGGCUGAUUAGUUUCCAAAUGAGAUUCUUUUGAUGAGGAGCAGCAGUUUUCAGUGGCGGCUCGCAUCAGAUCCUUGGCAAUCUAAUUUGAAAUAGAUACAGAAGUUCUAGAGCUCUUCUGAUUAUUAAAUUAAUUGCAUAUAUGAUUGAUAUGGACUGAAUGGUCUUGAAAAACUACUGGUAGUUGAGUUACCCUCGAGCUUUCUUUAGCCUCUAGUCCUCUGUGGAGCUCUUUUCUUGUUUUCUGGUGUUUGGAAAUACAGAUCUUCUGUCACUACCUACAAGGAGGAAAAAAAAAGUCCCCCUUUCCAGAGUUACAGACAUUCUAAAUAAUCUGGUAGAAGCCAGUUAAUUAAAUCAGUUGCUUUAUGGUACGAAUCUCAUGUUUUGAGAUGUGUGGCUUGAGAGGCUCUGUGGCAGCCUCUGCCACAGGACUGGACUGACAGAAUUGCACAUACAAACACAAGUGUUGGUCUCUUCCCGUUAGGUAGUUUGCUUUGGGAUGAAGGCUGCAGUGGUGUAGCAGUUUUUGGUAGUGUGUUUAGGCUGUAUGUGUGGGAACUUGGAGAUGGAGGCAAGUGCUUAACAAAUGUUGAUUCAUAAAGAUCCCUGGGCAUUUACUGCCGUUUGCCAUGUACUGCUUCCUGUGCACUCUGUGAACUGUAUUAGGUGGGACGCUCCCACAGGUUGAGGCAGUCCAGCUCAGCCCAUAGAUCCAACUUUUGCAUUCCUAGGGCUCAUCUCCAGCCCUGGUGCCAGAAGUGAGCUGCUGACUCUUCUCUGUGGGAGGAAAAGCACAGACCAGACAAUAGCCACUGGGGAGGGAGAGCAAGCAUGUAACAUGCCGAAGGUGGGGAUUGUAACAGUUGGGGCUUAUGUCCUGGGCGGACUUUCUGUGUUUGAGCUAUGUGUCUGUCGAAGGUCCUGCCUUUUCAGCCGCAUUCAGGGAAAUCACCAAGGUCUCUGAGGUAAGUGGAUCCCAGGAGGAAUGUGAGUCAUGAGUUGGGGCUCAGAGAAGUGCAUCCAUCCCGAGUUUGAAAAGGUCAGCAGCAUGGGACUGAGAAGGGGAGAUCUUUUCCUGCAGGGCUGGUUUGACUCCAGUGCUUUUUUUGGGCCAGGUGUGGUUCUGGGUUUCCUGUGUAUCAUUAGUGCUUUAAAGAGGGGUUUCUCGCUAAAUCUUCUACCUGACUCUGAAAACAAACGUGGGGCAAAUGAACAGCAAGUAUCAAGUACUUUCUUUUAACUGAGUGGUAAGGGCUGCAUGCAAAGGCUGUUUAGCUGAGCACUAUGGUUAACAGACUUUUCCACUUUUUGUCACAGUAGUUAAUGCCCUGGAUACUUAAACACCAGUUGAAUAUUUAAAAUAAAUUUGGUUUAUAUAGUUUUGACUUUAUUUUUUAAAUCCUGUUAGGAUGGUAAUUCCUUAAAAAAACUGCCUGCAUUAUGAUUUCAGAUAUUUCAAUCCACCAUGCUUUGUAGGUGCUGUUGCCUGAUCCAUGGGUAGCAAUUUUGGUGUAAUGGAAACAUGUGGCCAUAGUGCCAGGUCUGUAAUCUCUUGCAAUAAAAUGUUCCUUUUUAACACUG